CUCUUGCGGCAAGAUCAAUUAUGGCGGAAUCUGAGCUAUAGCCUUCGCUAGGCUGUCCGCUGUCAAAUCGCAAUCUCUAUCGCAGACAGUCCUCCGCUGUCAAAGAAGAACCAGCCGGACGGUCGCAGAGAGCCCGUGCCCGGAGGAACCGCCGAGGCCGCCUCCUCAUUUCAAUUCGGCCCCCGAUCCAGACCCGUCGUCCGGGACUAUGCGAUAAUCGUGAUCGGCCAGAGACCUUUGAAAUGGUAAAUGCCCACGUUUCCAUUUCGACGGACCCGGUGACCGGCCACCUACCUCACUACUUCCACGAGCUGCCCUACGAAGAUGAAAAACGGCUCGAAAAACUUUUCAACUCCCUCGACCUCGAUGGCAACGGCAAGAUCGACAUACACGACCUCUCCGUCGCACUCCGGGAGUUCGGUGUCGAUCACAAAUAUGCCCAGUCAUUUUUGGAACGUGCAGAUGUUAAUAAAAGCAGUGAUAUUUCUUUGGCAGAGUUCAUUCACUAUGUCAAAGAACACGAAAAAAACCUUCGUCUGGGAUUUUCUCAUAUUGAUAAGAAUAGGGAUGGUAAAAUAGAUUUAGAAGAACUAAUAAAAGCGUUCCAGGAAUUGGGCGUUGAGGUCGAAGUAAAAGAAGCGAAGAAGUUACUUGAAAGAAUGGACACAGAUGGCAGUCUUGAAAUUAGCUUUAAUGAAUGGAGAGAUUUUCUUCUGUAUGCCCCUUACUCAAACAUACACGACCUCAUUCACUACUGGAGGCAUCAUGCGAGGCAGCCUCGGAUUCCGAUAUGUGACGCUUCAGCAAAGACGACAGACGAUUUUGUCAAGGAGCUACUAGUUCUGUUCCUCGACAUCGGGGAUCUUAUGACAGUCCCCGAAGACUAUACAGCCAAAGAGAUACAAACUGGUGUUUGGUGGAGGCAGCUGGUGGCAGGUGCUGUGGCUGGCGCAGUGUCAAGAACUUGUACAGCCCCUUUAGAUAGGAUAAAGACCUUCCUGCAAGUACAUGGUUCAAAGGGUUCAAUGACGAUGAAGUCAUGUUGGGUCCAUAUGCUUAAUGAAGGUGGUAUUAUGUCGCUCUGGAGGGGUAAUGGAAUCAAUGUAACAAAAAUAGCCCCCGAAAGUGCUCUGAAGUUUUUUUUCUAUGAGAAAAUCAAAGCUGUCAUUAGGAAAAAAAAUCAAAGAAAGGAGUUAGCCAUCCAGGAACGGUUUGUAGCAGGUUCACUAGCCGGAGCUCUUAGUCAGACUACGAUAUACCCUUUAGAAGUUUUGAAAACUAGGCUAGCAUUAAGGAACACGGGGGAGUAUUCUGGUGUGUAUGACGCACUGAAAAAAAUCAUCCAUCGGGAAGGAAUUAAGGCUUUUUACAAGGGUUAUGUGCCCAACAUUCUAGGAAUUUUACCAUAUGCCGGCAUCGAUCUUGCUGUUUACGAGACCCUUAAAAACGCAUAUAUUCUUCAAUUUGCAAAGAAGACUGAUCAACCUCCGAAUGCGUUAGUUCUUUUAAGUUGUGGCACUGCCUCUAGUACGUGCGGUCAGGCGUUCAGCUAUCCCUUGGCAUUAGUCAGGACUCGGUUGCAAGCACAAGGACCUGGAACGCAACCUGACACGAUGAUCACUAUGAUACAAGAAAUUCUAAAGAAGGACGGAUUUCUCGGAAUGUACAGAGGGAUAGGUGUAAAUUUUCUCAAAGUAGCCCCAUCGGUCGGAAUAAGUUAUAUAGUCUAUGAAAAAAUGCGAGUCGUCCUGGGGCUCGACAACAUGACAUAAACUGAAGGAGUGUUAAUUUUUUUGUAGAUCCACGAAGAUUCUGUGAUAUUUAAUAACUAGGAUAUUUAUCUGGUCUUAUGGUUUCACCCAUUAGGUCGUUUUAUUUGUAUAAUAACGCAAAAAUGUUCCUUCCUCGUGACAUGGACGUCGCGCAUCUGUAAAAUAUACUUUUAACAACAGUUUCAAUUAAUUUUAUGAUUUAAUUUUUUUUUUACAAUAGACAAAUUAUAUAAUUUAUAUUUUGUUUUGACCUUUGGAAUAUAUGUUCAUGACAACCGCAGAAGUAGCAAAAAACAUUUUUAGUAAUCAUAUUUUAAAUGAUGGUUUGAUAAAUAUCCAUCAACAACGAAGUAGAACUAGUUGUUGAACAUGUGAUGUCAUUUUAGUGAUUAUUAAAAAAAAAUUAUACAGACAAAGUAAUUUUACUUGCUACAACUGAGGUUUUUGUUUUUUAAAAUGAAAUUUAGAUAUAAUGAUUUUUUUUUCUUUUGUUUUGCAAAUAUAUGCAUAUUCAGACUAUGUCUGUUGGCUGUGGGCAAAUAUAUAUAAAAUAGCAACAGUUGUAAGGGUAAGCAUUCCAAAAAGAAAA